GCAAACGCACACAGAAAGGAUUCUACACGUAGUACAGCUGAAUAAGACAUCAAUAAACACACAUUUCAGAUCAUUUCGGAACAGAAUACACACAGACGGUGUCUCAUGCUACAGGUGUGUGUGACGGCAGUGAGCAGCUAUGGGUCUGGUUAUGGGGAUGUUCUCUCUGCAGAGCAAACAGGUGAACUACCACACAGAUAAGAUCGAUGAUGAAUUGGAGCUGUCUAUAGUUUGCCAUCGUCCAGAGGGUUUGGAGCAGCUACAGGCCCAAACAAACUUCAGCAAGAAAGAACUACAAGUGCUGUACAGAGGCUUUAAGAAUGAAUGUCCCUGUGGAGCUGUCAACGAGGAGACGUUCAAACAGAUCUACUCGCAGUUCUUUCCUCAUGGGGAUGCCAGCACAUACGCACAUUACCUGUUCAACGCUUUUGACUCCUCCCAAAACGGAUCCAUCAAAUUUGAGGACUUCGUAACGGCUCUGUCCAUCUUGUUAAGAGGAACAACAACAGAGAAGUUACAGUGGACAUUCAAUCUCUAUGACAUUAACAGUGAUGGGUACAUUAGUAAAGAGGAGAUGACAGAUAUAGUAAAGGCCAUAUAUGACAUGAUGGGCAGAUAUACAUAUCCCGCUCUGAAGACAGACACACUCAAACAGCACGUGGAUGCUUUCUUUCGGAAAAUGGACAAGAACAGAGAUGGAGUCGUCACACUUGAUGAGUUUAUUCUCUCUUGUCAAGAGGAUGAAAACAUCAUGAGAUCAUUGCAGCUCUUUGAAAAUGUGAUUUAGCCACAGGAAAAGGGAUAUGAAGCGAGGAGGAGAGAAAAAAAGGAGGGAACAAACCCUAUGAACUUUUGAAGCUAAUAAGUGUUCUGUUUAAAAAAUGAACUUUUACACAAUUACCAUUGUAGCCUAAUUUCUUCCACAGAUGGAAAGAUCGAUGUUGAUGCUAAAUGCUCUAUGCUGAUUUUCUAACUGUGAUACAAAUAUUCCGCACAUCUUUUCCUAAGACCAUCAUUAAGAAUUUUGCUAAUCCAGUAUUGUGGCCAAUGGCUCGGUGGUUUUCCAUUGAAACGUCCAAUCAGCAAUCAUUGAACUUACUUUACGCAAAGUGUUUAAGUUGUGAGACAGUCUCAGCUUCUUUGAUUGGUGAUCUGUCCCAACAUUAAUGGUAAUGUUACAGUGUGUUUCUGUUACUACUGUGUUAUAACUAUGUUAUAAUACUGUGCUUGUAAUAAGAUGUCUUUAUUCAUCCUGUCACUCACAAUCAUCGCUUGCUGUUAAUCUAAUGAUUGUGUCCAUUAUUAGUAAGAGUUUCGUCACUCGUACCGUCUCCGAUGUUGGCUUGUGAUUGCUUUUAGCUCCGCCUACUCCAAUAUCUGCUUCCUGAUUGGUCUGUUUGUCUGUCAGUGAUGGAGGGAGAAGAUCUGUUUGUUAGUGAAUCGCACAAAAAUGUGUCCAGGACAUGUUUACGCCUAAAUCAAAAGAAAGAAAGAUGAGAAAUGGUAUUUUGCAUGAAAAUUAAGCUUGUAGGACCAUUUGUUUUGCUUUUUGACAAUUUUGGAUGACAAUUUAUUUAUUUUUGGUUAAGUUCUAUUGUUCAUAAUUGUAAUUCUCAUUAGUUAUUAAUUACAAUGAAUACAUAACAAUUUAAAUAAAAUAGCUAUAUAUAUAUAUAUAUAAAUGCUUUUUCGGCAUUACAGUAAUGAGAUUUGAGGGGGAAAAUGUGCUUGAUUAUGAAAAAAAUAUUUUUUACAUGCAAAAUGAAGAAAAAUUUAAAAAUGUUGUGCUGAAAAAUUACGGUAUGACAUGUCCUUGACAUAUAUAAUGAAAUUCACUCUUGCAUAAAUUGCAGUUCUCUCUGUGAUAUACGUGUUUUGAGGAUUUUGACUGACAGAUACCGUAGCAGAAUUCAGGAAUCACUGUGUUUGUGUCUUUGUUUUUCUUUGUUUAACUUUGUGAAAGCUGUGAAUUGCCAAAAUGUAGUACUGUUUAAAACAGCCAUAAUGCCACCCUACUGUGAUAUAAUUUGAGAGAGAGAGAGAAAAAAAUUAAAUAAAUUGUUUAAAAGACAGCAAAUACAUUAUAAAUUAAACUUGAGUUUGGUUUUUAUGAUAUGCAGGUUAAAGUCACUUUGAAAUGGCGUUCACGUCCCAUUUUUCUUUUCACACUAACGGGAUAUUAAACAAUAAAUAAACGUAGGGCGGGACUUGACUUUAUCCGUCAGGAAUUGAUUGGAUCAUGAAAAGUGGGCGUUACCAGAAUGGAUCCAGAAGGUCAGAGGGGAGGGGUUAAAAAUAACAGGAGUAAAGGAGAGUAGUUUCAGAGGCGGAGCAAGUGAUUACAUUUUUUUUUUACAUUCGGAGUAACGUGCUCCAAUAAAUCGUAAACAACCAAGAAAGUAAAUAGAGUAAAUUUUGAUUUCAUGCUGACUUUAGAGAACUUGAAAUGCACUUAAAAAUGUGAACAGAUAAAGUAACAAAUUGCACGGUAGCUCAACUGAUAGAACGUUGCGUUUGUGAUAUAAAGGACCGGGGAUACGAGUCCUGAUGAGCACGCGAGUCGACACGUGAGCCAAACAAAAUGACGUGGUUGCGUUUUUUCAUCUCACAUUUGCGUUUAUGACACUAUCGGUUAGGUGUGAGGUAGCAAGUUCGGUUUUGUUGAUUUAAAACUCGAUAAAACCUUAAAAACCUCUGUUUGGGGGGGCCUUGGCAGCUCAGCGAGUAUUGACGCUGACUACCGUAACACCCUUGGAGUCACGUGUUCGAAUCCAGGGCGUGCUGAGUGACUCCAGCCAGGUCUCCUUAGCAACCAAAUUGGCCCGGUUGCUAGGGAGGGUAGAGUCACAUGGGGUAACCUCCUCGUGGUCACGAUUAGUGGUUCUUGCUCUUAAUGGGGCGUGUGGAUCGUGGAGAGUAGCAUGAGCCUCCACAUGCUGACUGAGACUCGUCCUCCGCCACCAGGAAUAAGGUAACCGCGCCAACACGAGGACCUAGUAGGUACUGGGAAUUGGGCAUUCCAAACUGGGAGAUAAAGGGGAUUCAGAACUACUCAGUGGACAUGUAAUAUCAUUUAACAAAAAUGUCAAGUCAAGUGAUUUUCAUAAGAUCGGGCGGAUAAACAAGACUAAACGUCCGCACAAACCCUAAUAUGCUCAAUAACCGUAGUAUUACUCUUACUGUUGUUUCUGAUCACUUUCCUUUUCUACUAUCACUGUGCCGAUACAUCGUGACGAGUUUUAAAUAUAUGCUAUAUGAAUUAUCACACAUAUUGUAUGUUUGAUACUCUAAAAAGGGCCUGAAUAAUUCAUUUAGAAGCCACAGUGUCUCCGAGAGCGAGCGAAACCGUGAAUAAGCUCCAGGACGCUGCUGGUUCACUGGUUUGACUGGUUAGAAAAGGGAGGAAUGUUUCUCUGUAAAUGUCUUAAGAGAGAAGACGGUCAAACCAGGGCUGAAGUGAAAGAGAAACAGACAGACAGACAGAUUGAGGAGACAGGAAGCAUAAAUAUCUUCUUGUUAAAAUGUUGUAUAAACUGCUGUUUAACAAUAAAAUGUUCAAUGCAUAGUAAUGUUGAUUGUUCUGUGCUAUAUUCACACACCAUUACUAUUCCAGUCAUUAGCGGGACAAAUAUCAGUCAGUAAUGCAUCAUCACCAUUAUAACACAUUUUAGGAUUUUUUGCACGAGCACUAUAUUUCGUAGACACCCGUUACUGAGUUCAUAUGUACAGCGCUUGUUAACUGAAGGUGGACUGUUAUUUCCAUGCCAAUAUUUUUCCAACUCGGCGUAUUGAUGUACGUGCCGAACGUGAUUGGUCAUUAUUUUUGUGUCCGCAACAUAAUAAGGUCAUCAUUUGCCAUUUGAGUGCACUGUUUUCACCAAAAAAGUGCUUGGAUUGUUCAGGAUGUACAAAUACGUGUGAUAUACACUACCAGUCAAACGUUUGGACACACAAACAUAAUCUUCUUUAUUAUUAUUAUAUUUACAGCUUAUCCUGGAUAGGAUAUCGAGGCGUAGUCGGGAUGGGGAAGGGGUGCGGUUCGGUGGGCUGGGGAUCUCAUCACUGAU